AUGCAGCACGACAAAACUAAAGAAAUGGCUUAUGAUGCCAACGAAGUCCCCGUCAGCAUGGGAACUACCCAAGACAUAGGUAGCAAUCAUGGUCUCCAACGACAGCUCAGGCCACGGCAUCUACAAAUGAUUGCCAUCGGAGGUGUUAUCGGUACUGGCCUCUUUCUAGGCACAGCGAGCGAUCUCCAGCAUGGUGGUCCAGCCGGUCUUCUUAUUGGAUACUGUAUUAUGGCUUCGUUGCUGUACUCAGUAAUGGUUGCUCUCGGUGAGAUGGCAUCGCAAUUUCCCAUUCCUGGCGGUCAAUUUGCUUUGGCUGGCCGGUUCACCUCGCCCGAGCUUGGAUUUGCUAUGGGUAUCCUGUUCUGGUAUAAUUAUAUUGUUGUCUUACCGGCUGAAAUUUCCGCUGCGGCUCUUCUGGUCACAUUUUGGACUCCGGCCGGACAGACAGAUUCUACAUGCUCUACUGGAAUCUGUAAUAAUGCCAUGUGGGUUGGGCUGAUGCUGAUCGUCGUGUUUGCCAUAAACUAUGCGGGAACACGAGUCUUUGGUGAGAUGGAAUUCUGGUUUUGUUCAAUCAAGGUUGUGACUAUCAUUGGCCUUAUUAUUACUGGAAUUGCCGGUUCGAAAGGACGCUUCCUCGGAUUUUUCAGCGUUUUGAUCAAUGCUGCAUUCGCAUUCAUUGGAUCUGAGAUUACGGCAAUUGCAGCUGCUGAGACUUCAAACCCACGAAAGAAUGUGCCGCGAGCCAUCAAGAGUGUUUGGAUUAGGCUUGUACUCUUCUAUAUCUGCAGUGCUUUCUUGAUCGGACUUCUCGUGUCUCCCUCCGACCCUUCUCUCAAUCUUACUUCUACUGCAGCCAAUCUUACUUCUACUGCAGCCAAGAGUCCCUUUGUUAUCGCUAUCCAGAACUCCGGGAUCUCGGUCCUCCCUUCCAUUAUUAAUGCAGCUCUUCUCACUAGCGCCUGGUCUGCCGGUACAGCUGAUCUUUUUGUCUCAUCAAGAACCCUAUACGGACUAGCAACCCGCGGACAUGCCCCAAAGAUCUUUCUCAAGACUCGAGCAGAUGGGUUCCCCUGGGUCUGCUUUCUUUUCUGUGGUGCUUUCUCUUUCCUCUCAUUUAUGGCCGCCGCCCAUGGAGAAGCGGGCACAGUGUUUGGCUAUUUCUCUAACAUGACUGCGAUGUGUGGUAUGAUCUCCUGGACAGGGAUCUUGUGGACCAGCAUCCGAUGGAACAAAGGUCUCAAGGCGCAGGGCAUCGAUCGAAAGACACUCCCAUAUAUGGCACCUCUUCAACCAUAUCUUUCAUACUAUGGAAUUUCAAUUUGCGUUAUGGUCAUCAUCUUCGGCGGGUUUGGUUCCUUCAUGCCGAGCUUUGACGCUUCCUCUUUUGUUACUACUUACUUUCCAAUUCCGUUCUUUGCCGUCCUCUUCUUUGGAUACAAGUUCUGGACCAAGUCAAAGAUGGUCGAUUAUGCAGAGAUGGACUUUGUCACCGGCUCUUCGAGCGAGGUUAUCGAGAAGGAAACUGCCCAGAAUCUGUGGCAGAAGAUUUCCGACAGAAUCUAA